AUGAGUAAAGAGACAGGAGCAGAGUAUAAUAAAUCACAAUUGAAAAAUAAGUGGGAUGCAUUUAAAGAGCAAUGGAAAAUAUGGAAAGAACUAAUUGGAAAGGAAACUGGUCUUGGGUGGAAUUCCAAACUUCGGACUGUUGAUGCUUCUGAUGAAUGGUGGCAUAACAAAAUUCAGAUAAAUCCCAAAUAUGCAAAACUACGUAGAAAGGGUAAUAGUCCUGAUAUAGAAGAGAAGUUUGAUAGAAUGUUCAUGAACACCACCGCCACUGGUGACCAUGCUUGGGCACCUUCAUCUGGUGGUACAACUUCAGUGAUGAUGAAAGGGUCACAAGGCAGUAGCAUUGCUGAAGUGAUGAAAGCAGUUUCGUCUUUACCUGGUGCAGGACCUGGGAGCCAUUUGUGGUUGUUUGCAACUCGGUUAUUUCUAAAUCAAGAGAAAAGAGAAAUGUUCACAACUAUGGAAGAUCCUAACAUCAAGCUUCAAUGGCUAAACUAUGAGCUUUCUGAAAAAUAA